AUGGCGCCGGCACAGUCGAAGCUGGCCACGCCCAUCUUGCUUCGCGAAAGCACCAUCCGCGCUGUCGUGUCGCAACUUACCCAGCUCUACCUCUCCAAUCGCACCCGCAUCUCGCGCGCCGUCUACAUUACGCUCUUCGUCGCCCUCAUCAACCGCGUGCGCAAUGCUAUCGCCGAGCAAAAGGCCGCCUCGGCCCAUGACGCCGCCAAGCGUUCCGAGCGCAAGGGCACCACGUCGUCCGUCUCGACGGCCGCCGACGACCAAGACGCCGCCGCCGCCGCCGCUGCCGCCGCAAAGAAGAAGAAGAAGGUCGAGCUCAACCGCGAGUUCUUCCGCUCCCUCCUCCGCCUGCUCCGCAUCGUUGUGCCCGGCUGGCGCAGCAAGGAAACCCGCCUCCUCAUCAGCCACAGCUUCUUCCUCGUCUUGCGCACCCUCAUCAGUCUCAAGGUCGCUGCCAUGGACGGCGCCAUCGUCAAGGCCCUAGUCAAGGGAAACGGCCGCGAGUUCCUGAUGCGCAUCGUCUGGUGGAUGUUGAUCGCCGUCCCGGCCACAUUUACAAACUCCAUGCUGUCAUAUCACCAGGCCGAGCUCUCGUUGAGGUACCGGACGCGCUUGACGCAGUUCAUCCACGACAAGUAUCUGUCGCAGUUGACCUUUUACGGUAUCUCGGCGCUCGACGACAGGAUUAAGAACCCAGAUCAACUCAUCGCCGUUGACGUAGCCAAGUUCUCCAACAGCCUGGCGGAGUUGUACAGCAAUUUGGCCAAGCCGAUACUCGACAUGACUAUCUACACCCUCUCUCUCUCAAAGAGCGUCGGUGGCGAGGGGGUUGUGUUCAUGGCCCUACUAGUACAGCUUUCGGCAAACGUGAUGCGCGUACUAACUCCCCCGUUCGGCAAAUACGUGGCGGAUGAGGCGAGGCUGGAGGGCGAGUUCCGCUUCCAGCACUCGAGACUAAUCGACCACGCCGAGGAAGUGGCGCUGUAUGCCGGCCACGAGGCCGAGAAGGAUACACUAGACAAGGGCUACUUUACCCUGAUCAAGCACGUCAACUACAUUCUGCGGCGGCGCUUCUACCACGGCUUCAUGGAGGACUUUGUCAUCAAGUACUUUUGGGGCGCUCUAGGCUUGUUGCUCUGCAGCGUCCCAGUUUUCGUCAAGCUGCCGGGCCAGGCCGUACUGAAUAUGGGUGACCGGACAGAGAGCUUCGUGACGAACCGUAGGAUGCUCCUGGGAGCGUCUGACGCCUUUGGGCGUGUCAUGUUCUCGUACCGCGAGAUCAUGGAGCUGGCCGGCUACACGUCGCGCGUCGCCUCGCUCCUCGAUGUCAUGGACGACAUCCAAUCGGGGCAUUUCGAGAAGAAGCUCGUCUCGAGCUCGGGCACCGAGAACAACGAGGCCGUGCUCCGGGGCAGGGGCAAGGUGGUUGAGAGUACAGAUAUCGAAUUCAUCGACGUCCCCAUCAUCUCCCCCAACGGCGACGUACUGGUCAAGGCGCUGUCCUUUUCUCUUAAGCAAGGCGACCACCUGCUGGUAGUGGGGCCCAACGGCUGCGGCAAGUCGUCGCUGUUCCGCAUCCUCGGAGGGCUGUGGCCCGUCUACGGCGGCACGGUGCACAAGCCGCCCUUCACCGACAUCUUCUACAUCCCGCAGCGGCCGUACCUGUCGCGCGGGUCGCUGCGGCAGCAGAUCAUCUACCCGGACGGGCUGCGCACGAUGCGGGCCAAGGGCGUGUCGGACGCGGACCUGAUGGCGGUGCUGCGCAUGCUCGGGCUCGAGCACCUCGUCGAGCUGUACCCCGAGGGCUGGGACGCCGAGGCCGAGUGGCGCGACGUGCUCUCGGGCGGCCUGCAGCAGCGCGUCGCCAUGGCCCGCCUCUUCUACCACCGCCCCCGCUACGCCAUCCUCGACGAGUGCACCAGCUCCGUCACCCUCGACACGGAGAAGGCCAUGUACGAGAACGCAAAGGCCCUCGGCAUCACCCUCAUGACCGUCAGCCACCGCCGCUCCCUGUGGAAGUACCACUCCCGCAUCCUCCAGUUCGACGGCCAGGGCAACUACGUCUUCACCGGCCUCGACGCCGAGAAGCGCCUCGCCCUCGAAGACGAGAAGGAGGACCUCGACGUCCUGCUGCGCCAGGUCCCCGAGCUCGAGAGGAGGAUUGAGGAGCUGACUGCUCUGUGA